GCUUCACACAGGCCUGGGCCCUCUGUCAAGCUCACUCUCAGCUGACUGAUCUCAGGUUCACCCUUCCAGCCAAAGCCACAUUUGACUCUCUUUCUUGUUCUCCAGAAAGUUCCUUGCAGCUUGUUCCUUCACGGUCACCAAACGCCCACACCAAGCCAGAGGCCACCAUCAUGACGAAGGACCAGAAUGGAACCUGGGAAAUGGAGAGUAAUGAGAACUUCGAAGGCUACAUGAAGGCCCUAGAUAUUGAUUUCGCCACCCGCAAGAUCGCAGUGCGUCUGACUCAGACGAAGAUCAUCGCUCAAGACGGUGAUAACUUCAAGACGAAAACCAACAGCACGUUCCGCAACUAUGACCUGGAUUUCACCGUCGGAGUGGAGUUUGAUGAACACACAAAGGGCCUGGAUGGCCGGCAUGUCAAGACGCUGGUCACCUGGGAAGGUAACACCCUCGUGUGUGUGCAGAAAGGGGAGAAGGAGAACCGCGGCUGGAAACAGUGGGUGGAGGGAGACAAGCUGCACCUGGUAAGCCCUGGGGGUUUGUAAGGCGCUCUCCGCAGUGAUCACCUGGCCAGGAGCUUUGACAAGAAAGAAUGGCUCUGAGCUCCAGCCAAAUGCGUUUGGUCAUACAGUCAGAGAGCCAUUCCCAUCUGGCUCAGGGGACUCUGGAAAGAAAUCUAUACGGCU